GCGUUUGACUAUACACGUGCAUUAUACAAUGUAUUUCGUAUUGAAGUCGUAGAAAUAUGUUGAUUAAACACGCAAUAAUAUUAUUAAAAAUACUGGAACUAUAAUUUUGUAGUAUUUAUCAUAAUUAGAGUCGUAUAUUACUAUUUUCACAAGUGACCAUUUCCAGUUCCAUAAAUCAUACUCGGGCGUAUUACACACGAACGUAUAUAUCGAAAGUGGUUGUGUUUGUAAAUAUAAAAUGUAAUUAGAAUAAAUAUCUAGAAUAUCUUAGUCGGUGGGGACAUUAUAAUAUCUAAUAAAUAUUCAAACUUAAUAAUGAUGAAGUUCCAAUGAGAAGUUACAAAAUAAAUAGAGAACUGACUUUAUUAUAAAUUUAUUAUACAAUUACAAUAAUUACAUUUAUACAUCUAUAAAUAAAGUUAGAAGUUACAACGACCAAGGCGAGUAAUUAGUUAAUCUAUAUCUGAUAAUCUCUAAUAUCCAUCAUGGGCAAGGUAGUGACGUCAGAAGUUUUACGAUUCAUGACUGACUGCCUCAAAGCAGUUGGAGCAGCUACGAAAGCGGCAGAACAACAAGCUGAGCUACUUCUCCAAGCUGACCGGAUGGGCCACCCCAGCCAUGGUCUAAACCGACUUGAAUUAUAUGUAAAUGAUAUAAUAAAGGGAGCAUGCCAGCCAAAUAAUAAGCCUAAGGUGCUGAAGCAGAGUGCGUCGACAGCUUGGAUUGACGCCAACAAUGUGCUUGGAGCCACUGCGAGCCAUUUCGGUAUGGACUUGGCCAUCAAGAAGGCCAAAGAAACAGGGGUCGGUUGGGUCACUGUAAAAGGGUCUAAUCACAACGGUAUGGCAGGAUUUUGGGCACAAAAAGCUGCAGAUCAAGGAUUUAUUGGAAUGGCAUUUACAAAUACAUCACCUCUCCUGGCUCCAACGAGAAGUAAACAGCAAGCAUUAGGAACAAAUCCGCUGUCUGUAGUAGCGCCUGCGUCGCAGGGUGAAUCUUUCUACUUGGACAUGGCUACUACGGCUGUUGCUGUAGGAAAGAUUGAAAUGCAGUUGAGGAAAGGAGAACCGUUGCCCAAUGGUUGGGCACAAGGGCCUGAUGGCAAAGAAACCACAGACGCACGCCUGGCAUUCCACACAAGUUGUUUGAUGCCACUCGGCGGCGGAGAAAAGACAUCGGGAUACAAGGGAUUUGGGCUGGCUGCUAUGGUUGAACUGUUCUGUGGAAUAUCUUCUGGUUCUAACUACGGUCAUCAUGUUCGGUCAUGGUCCCACAGCGGGGCAGGCGGUCCCGCCAAUUUGGGUCACUGUUUCGUCGCAAUAGACCCAGGGAAUUUCGCCCCGGGCUUUGGCGAUCGACUUACUGAAAGUAUUCAACACUGGAGGAAGUUAGAACCGACCGACCCCAAAUUGCCAGUCCAAGCUCCAGGAGAUAAAGAGAAAGCGUCAGCAAGAGAAACAGACGCGAGAGGAACAGUGUCGUAUGUGAAGCAACAAAUCGAAUCCAGCGCAACACUCGCCAAACGGCUCCAUGUAAAACCUAUGGAUGUUGUACUAGAAAACCAAUAAAAUUAAUAUAGAAAAAU